CAAAUGUAACACAGAAAGCCACUAUGGGAUUCACAAUUAGACGCUUUCUUGGUGUUAAACCGUCGAAAGCGCUCCUGUCGCUGCCUUUUUUGUUGACAUUCCUGCUCGUCGGGAGCCAAGGCGAAAGCAAUGCGAUGGACAACGUCGCAACUGAGAGGAUGGCUGAGGAAAGCCACCGACAGGACAGUGCCAAUCUACUCAUAUUCAUAAUGCUCUUAACACUCACCAUUUUAACUAUAUGGCUGUUCAAACACCGGCGGUUCAGGUUCCUGCACGAAACAGGACUUGCCAUGAUCUAUGGCCUGUUGGUAGGUGUGAUCCUGCGGUUUGGAGUCCAUGUGCCCCAGAGCACGAGUGAUGUAAUCCUGAGCUGUGCUGUCAAUGCCAGUCCUGCUACUCUGCUGGUCAAUGUCAGCGGGCGAUUCUACGAGUACACUCUGAAGGGGGAAGUCAGCCGGGGGAAGGGUCACCAAGUGCAGGACGAUGAGAUGCUGAGAAAGGUGACCUUUGACCCAGAAGUGUUUUUCAACAUUUUGUUGCCUCCCAUCAUCUUCCACGCUGGUUACAGUCUAAAAAGGAGACAUUUUUUCAGAAAUAUUGGCUCCAUCCUGGCCUAUGCUUUCAUGGGAACAGUUAUAUCCUGCUUUGUUAUCGGGCUGAUCAUGUAUGGCUUUGUGUCCUUCAUGAAAGUUGUGGGCCAGCUUGGAGGAGAUUUUUUCUUCACUGACUGCCUCUUCUUUGGGGCCAUCGUUUCAGCAACAGACCCAGUGACAGUGCUGGCUAUCUUCAAUGAGCUGAAGGUAGAUGUGGACCUGUAUGCUUUGCUGUUUGGGGAGAGUGUCCUUAAUGAUGCCGUGGCUAUCGUCCUCUCAUCCUCUAUUGUGGCGUACCAGCCUACUGGAGACAACAGCCACAGCUUUGAGGCCAUGGCCUUGUUGAAAUCCUUUGGCAUCUUCCUGGGUGUCUUCAGUGGAUCCUUUGCUCUCGGAGUGGCCACUGGAGUCAUGACUGCUCUUGUCACCAAGUUCACUAAGCUGAGGGACUUCCCCUUGCUGGAGACAGCUCUCUUUUUCCUCAUGUCCUGGAGCACCUUCUUAUUGGCUGAGGCCUGCGGAUUCACAGGUGUUGUAGCUGUGCUGUUCUGUGGGAUCACUCAGGCUCACUACACCUUCAACAAUCUCUCACCUGAUUCUCAGGACAGAACCAAACAGUUGUUUGAGCUGCUGAACUUCCUGGCAGAGAACUUCAUCUUCUCCUACAUGGGCCUGACGCUCUUCUCAUUCCAGUCUCACGUCUUCAACCCUUUGUUCAUUAUUGGAGCCUUUGUGGCAGUGUUUCUUGGCAGGGCGGCUAACAUCUACCCGUUGUCCUUUCUGCUCAACCUGGGCCGUAGGAACAAGAUUGGAUCCAACUUUCAGCACGUCAUGAUGUUUGCAGGUUUGCGUGGGGCGAUGACUUUUGCCCUUUCUAUCCGAGACACAGCGACCUAUGCCCGUCAGAUGAUGUUUACAACCACCCUUCUAAUUGUCUUCUUCACUGUCUGGAUCUGUGGAGGUGGCACCACCCCCAUGCUGUCCUUCAUGAGUAUACCGGUGGGUGUUGACUCUGAUCAAGAAGUCUCCGGUUCAGCGAUGUUGGAUGGAUCACAGAGGAGGAACACCAAACACGAGAGUGCCUGGCCCUUCAAGAUCUGGUAUAACUUUGAUCACAACUACUUGAAACCGCUCCUGACUCACAGUGGCCCUCCUCUCACUGCUACUAUGCCAUCUUGUUGUGGACCUCUGGCACGAUGCCUCACCAGCCCACAGGCAUAUGAGAACGAAGGUCCACUCCAUGAUGAUGAGUCUGACUUCAUCCUGAACGAUGCCAGCGUGAGCUCCAUGUACGCUGACGUCACUGUCAGCACAGAUGCGUCUGGGUCCCACACCAUCAACCGCAAGCGCUCCACUGCCAGCACUGGUGGGGGUCCAGCUGAUGAAGGCUUGGAUCAUGAGCUCGCCCUGGCGGAAAAUGAAGUGGCGAUCCGCGGCACCCGCCUGGUCCUUCCCAUGGAUGACCCAAUGGACCCUCCGACCACUGUCACCCUGCCUCCCCCACCUUCACCACCACACUCUGACCCUCGCAGGCACAGACUGUAAGAAGGCUGUCAGGAUGCAGUUUGUUGUUUUCAGCUUCAAAAAUCACAAAUCAUCCAACUUGAUUUCACAAGAAAAUUGAUUCUAUCAGAUUUGUUAGUUGAUUUGUUUUAAUUUAUUUUUCAUUAAAAGGACAAACUGCAUUUACAGUAUAAUAUUAAAGCCUCGUGUUGACGAGAUCACCUCUCUGUCCAACAUGCAGGUUUAAAAUAGAACUUGAGGCGUGCUUGAUUUAACUUAUCAUUGAGGUGUAUUACUGUAAUCUUGAAUGUGACUGCACUACAUGUAAGGUAAGGUACUGUAAAUCAAGAGCACCUCAAGUUAAUAGGCUACUAAAAAUCAUGCAAGAUGCACAUUUAACCACCAUUUAAGGAAGCAAAAAAGAAAAAGAAAAAUUGGGGCUGUAGUAUUUGCUCCUAAGUUUGUACUACUGUGGUGAUAUACCAGUGCUGUUGUCUGUGCUCUCUUAAAAAAAAGCUUCCUCUGGUAAUAGGAGGCGAUCUCUAAACAUUUCAUAUGCAGUUUACUCUUUUCUCUGUGGUGAAGUUGAUCCUGACAACAGGUCCUGUAUUUGUUAAGCUUCACUCAAGUAUUUCUAACAUGAACUGUUCAACAUUUCUGAGUCAACAUGAAACUUUGCUCUGGCACCAUUUGGUCACAUAUGGUGUUGUUAAGGAGCAUUUACACUACAGUGAUAUUACUAAUCUUACUAAUGUAUCCACAGACUGUGUGUUUGGAGCUUUGAACUUGAAGACUUUUUUUUCUGAAACAGGGUUAUAGAUUGUUAAUAAAAAUUAGGCCAAAAAAACCAAAACUAUACAAAACAAACAGACAAAAAAAACCUCAAACCGCUUCUGCGUCAAAGUCCAGGAGCGUCUGUACUACCUUAAAUUUGAACACUGCCUGCCUCUUCUCUUCUCAGUCAGUCUUUUCACACGUUGAUUUAUUUAUUUAACAAACAAGUGGUUUUAUUUAUAUAAUGAUUUAUUUAUUUAUUUAUUGGUUGUUGUUUUUUGUUUUUUUAGCGUGACAGUAAUGAUUAUCUUUCCCUGUUCAAAAAUAAGACAGCUUGGUGGUGAGACGCUGUCGUUCGGUAGCUUCCUGCUAAAAUAAAGCACUACGACUCCUCCCGCACAAAGUACAUACAGUGGCGGAGUCACAAGGGCAGUAGGUAUUCAGUCCAGGAGUUUGUCAUUCUUUACCAGGUGCACAUGUUAAAAAUAUCUCCUUCUCAAAAUGUAGCAGAUGCUUUUACUUUAUACUUGGAUACUAGAGCUUCCCUGUGUGUGUAUUUUAUAGGUAUGUGUGUGUUUGGCUGAUGUCAGAAUGAAAUCCUCUAAAUCUACUGAUGUGUUUAUUAGGGCUAAUGUCUUUCUGUGAGUUCUGUGUCAUCAUCUGGUUUAAUCUUUUUUCUAAAAAAACAAACAAACAAACGUAACUGCUGCGUCUUUGUGAUGUUGUAUCAUCAGAGAUGACUGAGGGCUGGCUGAUCUCUUUUAAAUUAAAGUGCCUAUUCAGAAAUUCUAUUACUCUUGUAGAUUUGUACAUAUUUUGAUUUGCUAAUGUGCAGUAAGAUGAUCUUUUUGUGUUUUUGUUUUUAUAUGAUACUAAACCCAUUGUUUGAUGUUAAAUAUUAUUCCCAGUAUAAUUGGGCCAUUAGUUAACUGCCUGAAAUGUAACUGUUUGUUUUUGGUGCAUCCAAAAGGUGGAGAGACAACAGAAGAGUGCAAACUAAACAAUGUACAUUAAUAACACUAAUAUAGUCCAUUUUGUGAACAAUGAACUUGAUCAAAAAAUAGGAUAUGGGAUUUCAAAAUGAAAUGUGUUCUUUUGGCCCGCAAUUCGAGGCUGAAUUUGAAUGCAACAAGAAGCUGGUGACUUUUUUUUUUUUUUUUUUAAGGUUUUUCAAUUUGCCAGUUAGAUCAAGGGAAAUAUUCUGCAGGAGGGUGUGGCCUACUUUUAACUGAUGACAUCAUUAUCUAUUUUGGACCUAGGCAACCAAGCUCCUCUAUUCUGUUCCCACUUCAGUAGAUAUAUUGUGCUAAAGCAUCUCUUGCCUGUCCUGUUUUUAGCUGAAUAGGUCAAUAUAACACCACAAUGUUUUUAUUUGAUUUUUUAUGACUGAGGUAGAAAUGAAUUCCUGGUCAAAAUGUUUGUUGAUUAUGUCAAGCUGCACAUGUUGUCUUUUUCUUCUUCAAGCAGUAUUCUUGAUUCUCGUGUUUCUGAUGAAUGAUUCAGAGAUAUGAA